GCCACUUCCGGUCAUCAGGUUCGGUUGAAGACAGGCACCAAGCGCUGGGGAGACGGGCAGCAUCACUGGAGACAAGGAAUAGGUGACGUUUCGGAUCGAGACCCUGCUUCAGGCAGAUUAAGCUGACCGGCUGCUACAGCGCACUCUUUCGGCCGCUGGUUUCAGCUCAGUUUAUUCAAUCAAUUAUUAUUGUCACGUGUACUGAGGUACAGUGAAAAGCUUUCUUAUAGGGAGGUUUCACGGCAGUCGGGUCACGACCCAUGACCCGCGCUGUUGCUACGCUACUCCAAAUGGAUUACACGCGAUGAACUGCAGAUGCUGCCUGACCCACUGAGUUCCUCCAGCACUUUGUGCUUUGCUCAAGAUUCCAGCACCUGCCGUUUCUCUUAAAAUUUCUCAUAUUAAACGUGAGGAAACCAGAGCUGCAAACCAUGCACUUUCUGACAUCCCUGCUCCCGGACACCGCCAGGCGUUUGAUCCGAGCUGGGCGAUUGCAGACAGCGGUGACCUCGGCAAUUUCUCAAGGUUUCAAACAAGCCAACCUUGUGAUCGUGAACAAGCAGUACGCCAAUGAUUUUGAGAGGUUCUGCAUGGCCAAUAAUGGAGCACUCCCCCUGCUGUACAGGAGCAAACCCGGGGAAUGGGGAGCUCCACCACUCAGCUCCAACUCCGAUGUAAGGACUGAUUGUCUACAGUACAGGAAGUAUGAGGAGGGAACCUUCACUGGCAAUUUGAAGAGCCUCAUGGACUACACUGAGCAGAUGAAGGAGAUGGUUACCUUCUAUGUGGGAUGCAGCUAUUCCUUUGAGAGGGCAAUAUUGGAGGCCGGUGUUCCAAUCCGUAACGUUGAACAAGGGUGUAAUGUCAGCAUGUACAAGACAAACAUAGCGUGCACCAGGGUCGGUGGCUUCCAAUGUAACAUGGUGGUCUCAAUGCGACCCAUUCCUGUUGAGAAGCUCGACGCAAUUGUGCAAAUAACUCAUCCCGUGGAGGAUGCACAUGGUGCACCUAUACACAUUGGCCAUCCAGGGUCGAUUGGGAUUGACGAUUUGUCCACGCCAGACUUUGGGGAUGCGGUUGAUGCUCACCCUGGCGAUGUGCCCGUCUUCUGGGGCUGUGGAGUCACCGGAGCAGAGGCUGUUUGCAGCAUCAAAUCCCCCCUGGCAUUCACCCAUGCUCCCGGCUGCAUGUUCCUUACUGACCUGAGGAGUGAGGAGAAGCUGGCUGAUGGUUGUGUCAGCAGCGUUGAGACCCCUCAGGUGUUCUGCAUUUCUCAGAACCCACCCCAUUACAGUGUGGCCUCGCGCUCUGCUGUGGAGAAAAUCACGGCGCUGGAUAGACUGAUUCAGCAAGAUCCAGGUGAUCGAGGGAUCGAGCAUCUGCUGAUCGAAGACCAGCUGCUGAAAGUUUGCCUCUCACUGUCUCAUGCAAAGUCUGUGCUGAUAACCACUGGCUUUCCAACCCACUUCAACCACCAGCCCCCAGAGGAGACAGAUGGUCCUCCAGGAGCCAUUGCCAUGGCAGCCAUGCUGCAGGCCCUGAAGAAAAGCAUUACCAUAGUAACGGAUCAAAGAGCCUUGGAAUUAAACAAGAAGAUCGUUGAAGAGGCUGUCGAACAAGGACUAAUGAAAGCUGCUGUGCCUGUUGUCAGCUACCAGGAUGUUGGCGAGGAUUCACCCCUGCUGUUCUUAUGCCAUGAAGGCAAGCCGCAGUUUCCAAGGUUUGACCACCUUGUAGCCAUAGAGCGAGCGGGGAUGGCUGCAGAUGGCAAUUACUACAACGCACGGCAAGUGAACAUCAAGCAUUUGGUGGAUCCUAUUGACAAACUGUUCUUGGCAGCAGAAAACAUCCCUGGAAUCGUCACAACCGGCAUCGGUGAUGGAGGGAAUGAACUGGGAAUGGGUAAGGUGAAAGAGGCCGUCAAAAAGUACAUUCACAAUGGGGACCUGAUAGCUUGUGACGUCAGUGCGGACUUUACAGUUGUUGCAGGUGUGUCAAACUGGGCUGGCUACGCAGUGGCCUGUGGGCUACACAUCCUCAACAACUGUGCCAUCCACGAACGUUACCUACGCAAAGCGACCGGGUUUCCCGAGGCAUCGGAAACAGACAGAUACACAUCAGCACUACCUACCGUCCUCAAGGAAGAAAAAAUGCUGUCGUUGCUGGUGAAACAUGGAAUUCGAAGUGGGAAAACUGGGAAUCUGGGAAUGGAAGUGGACGGCUUGCUGUUCCACGAUGUGCACGCACCUUUGAUCAAACGGCUGCUGGAUGUCACUCUCGGGCAAGCCCAAUGAAAUUAGCAAGAAAGCAAUAAUUCGUACAGAAUUUCCUAUCUUCCUAGUCAGCCUCAGACAGUGAGUUCUCGCCAAUCAACUGAUUGAUGUAAUGUUGAAAACUAGAUUUUAAUGCACUGAUUCCUUCGACCUGUUAUAUUUUGGGGCCAGUGUUACGGCACUGUUUUUCUCACCGAUGGAAGAAUGUUUUCCUCCCUGUCGGGUGGAUUUUGUUUAUGUCAAUUAUUCACUGACUUUACCUUCGGUAAUUGUUCCCAUCGUUGAUUGAACGUCCACUCUGCAUCACCGUAUAAAGCAUUUUGAAUACAAAUGUGAUUGGUAAAGGGUAGUGUCACUCCCUCGCAGCGCCAGUGACCAGGGUUCGAUCCUGACCUCCGGUGUUGUCCAUGUGGAUGAGUGGGAGACUCUGGGUGGGAGUUGAUGGGAACGUGGGGAGAAUUUUAAAAAUUGGAGUCGUUUACAAAAGCUUUUCACUGUACCUCGGCACACCUGACAAUAAACUAAACUAAACUAAAUAAAAUUCUGCCUGUCCCACUGAGUUACACCAUCGUUUUGUGUCUACCUUUUCUACGUGAAAUAAACUGUGGUGAAUUUAAACUGAGGGUGGUGAAUCUGUGGAAUUCAUUGCCACAGACGGCUGUGGAGCCCAAAUCAGUGGACAUAUUUAAGGUAGAAUUAGGUAGAUUCUUGAUUAGCACAGGUGUCAGGGGUUACGGGGAGAAAAUAGACACAAAAAGGUGGAGUAACUCAGCGGGACAGGCAGAAUCUCUGGAGAGAAGGAAUGGGUGACGUUUCGGGUCGAGACCCUUCUUUAGAGAGGGCUUGAGAAUGGGGUUAGGAGGGAGAGAUCAGCCAUGAUUUAAUGGCGGAGUAGACUAAAUUUCUGCUCCUAUCACUUAUGACCUUAAGUUUAUAACUGGUGUAGGUGCUUGAUGUGUAGGGGGCUGAUGGGUCAUAUCCGCGCUGUAUCUCACUAUCUUCUUAUUUCGUGUGCAUCUUCCAUGUUACAAAUGUUGACCUCGCUGUCAUCGUCCGUCCUGAAAUAGACACAAGCUUCUGGUGACAAUCGGUGGGAAGCCAUCACUUGUUGCAAUAGAUGAUGGUGGUGGCAGAAUUAGCUCAGGAUACUUCCAGUUUCCAGCCCCGUGACAUGGACGCUUCUGCUAUGGGGCCUAUCUUGUAUGUAUUGUAUGUAUGACUGCAGGCACGAAAUUUCGUUCAGACUUCGGUCUGAAUGACAAUAAAGGAAAUCUGUAAUCUG